CUACUAGACAUUCCCCCGAGGUCCCCUAGCUGGUCACUUUUGCUUCCGCGCUUCCCUUCGCCGAUCUCCGUCCCUGCCGUCUGGCGAGGACGACCCCUUUGAUCGCCCUCGACCUAAUUCAUGGCUACACGUAGUACAGAGUAGCUAGAGUAGUUGCUUGUUGAAGGAUCAGAGCGAUAGUAACCUCACACACAACUCUUCUGCUACCGCCACAAAUUUGCCUUGGUGAAACUCGUCGCAUACCCCGAUCAGAUCACCGCCAUGGCCAAAGCAACCAAGGAAGUCGACAUCGAGCGACUCAUCGCUCAAGAGGCGAGCGACUUUAUCAAGGAGCUCGAGGUGGAAAGGGUCUUGAAGUCGUUCAAGUUGAACCCAUACGAUAUCCUCGACCUUGGUAUCAACGCGACCGAAAAUGAGAUCAAGAAGCAAUACAGGAAAAAGUCGCUCCUCAUCCAUCCUGACAAGUUCAAGCAUCCUCGGGGAAUAGAGGCGUUCGACCAACUCAAAAAGGCUGAAGCAAUGUUGGGGGAUAAGGACAAGAGGGACGAGGUGGAUGCCGUUAUGCGACAUGCCAGGGUCCAAGUCUUGAAACCACUCUUUCCUCCGGGCACCAACACGUCGGAGGUUCCGGAUGACGAUCCUCGGUUGACAGCGCUGGAUCCUCCUCUCGAUAUGCAGGUCAAGAAGAAGGCCCGCGAGGUGUUUGUCGAAGAGGAACUUCUCAAGCGACGCGCCCAAAAGAUUGCCUAUGCCAACGAAGGUGCGGAAGCGGCAAAGAAGGAGGCCGAAAUCAACCAGAGAAAGCGAAAGCAGGAGGACGAAGCUACUUGGGAAUCGCGACGAGACGAGCGGGUCAGCACAUGGCGAGAGUUUGCCGGCACGAGCUCUUCUUCGCCAGCAGCGCCCAAGAAGACCAAGAAGAAGAAGCUCAAUGUGUUGGGAUGAUCGUAACGUCGCGGAGCUCGUGUGACAGAUUCGUUUGUAUGCAUUCGAGCGGAGAAUAGUUGUGCAUCACGAUGACAAUACAAAGACAAGCCAGGACCGAGUACUUUCAGCGAGAUAGCAAAGUCGAAAAUUAUGAAAAGCGCCAUGCGCGGAGGAAAAACAGCAAGCAAAUGUUCA